AUGCAAGCAGAGGCUUUGCAAGCUUCUGCGGAUGGAAAGAGGCUGGCCGAGCAGCUGCAGCAGGUUCAGCAGGUUUUGCAUUCGGCCCUGGCAGCGGUCAACGCGGAGGGUGCUGCGGAGGUGGCUGCCGAGGAGGCGCGUGCGGCUCUUGGUGUCGAGACAGCCGCCGGGAACCAGUUGCUGCAGGAGGCUGCGAUGCCUCUGUCCGCCCUUGGCAGCAUCUGGGAACAAGUUGCUCAGGCUCGGGCAGAGGUGCUGGACGAGGCCGUCUGUGUAUACCACGUCCACCUGAGGACAGCAGAGUGGCAGCAAGAAGAGUACAAGCACACCCCAUCGCAGGGUGGCAGCGUAGGUGCACCGAUUGCCGUCGUCACCGGAGGGAAUACCGGCAUCGGCUAUUAUACCGCAGGCCAGCUCGCCUCUGCUGGCUAUGCAGUGGUCAUUGGCUGUCGCAGUGUCUCACGUGGAAAGGCGGCUGCAGCGACCCUGACAGAGGCAGGAGGCGACGUCAUCAAUCGACAGCUUGACCUCUCCUCCUUCGCUUGCGUGCUGAAAUUCGCAGAGGAGGUGAAAGGCAUGGAUGGGGAGCUGAAGCUGCUGGUCUGCAAUGCCGGCCUCAACUCCGCGUCGGCUGAGCAGGAGCCAUCGCGACAGCUGUCGUCGGAUGGUGUGGACAAGCUUUAUCAGACGAACUACCUGUCGCACUUUCUCCUGACCCUGUUGUUGCUGCCGCUGCUACGUCGAGCCAAGGGGCGUGUGAUCAACGUUUCCUCGGUCGUCCACAGAAGCGCUUCAUUGGACGACUUCAGCAUCACAACAGAAAUUCGGGAUCCAUAUGUCUCACUCUACGGGCUUUCCAAGCUUGCACAGAUUGUGUCGAGUUACGCACUCCACAAGCGUUAUGGCGAGGACGUGGCUUUCCACUGUGUAAACCCGGGCGGUGUUGCAUCUGACAUUUGGCGGGGGUAUGCAGGAUGGCAACAAGCUGUUUUUUCCCGGCUUCUGAUCAGCCCAGAGACCGCAGCAAAGACGGUGGUGAAGGCUGCCACCGCGGACGAGGGCUGCGUCCCGGCGCCGCCCAGGUAUUGGAACGGCUACCGCGGCGCAAGUCUGUCGACGCUCUUCGAAUUCUGGAGCCCCGUUGCUGCUAGAGAGGCCCUCGAAGUCUCGGAGCCAAGCCAGGACCACCAGAGCCCUGCGCUCCAGGAAGCACUCUGGGAACAAAGUCUGCGUGAGAUCCGGGGCCUGGUUGAGGAGGCGGCGGCUGGUGCCGAAGCAUGCGAGUUGGCCGCAGCCGGGGAGCUGCGAGCUUGGCGGCGGCGAGGAUCCGGUGCCGAGCAAGCUGUAUGCCGAGCAAAACGACUUCAGGAGGAAGCUCGAAGCCUUCUGCCACAAAGCCUUCAGGUGGUCAAGCGGCCAGCGCUGGAAUCAACAAACCACGGCCCUGCGAAGCAACCGCGGGUGCAGUCUGCGGACCUCACAGAUCCUACAAAUCCUACAAGCCCAGGUGCCACGCAGCUCUCUGUCGAGGAUGAGGUCCAACGCCGACAGCAAGCCGCCGAGCUGUAUGCCCAGGCGAAGCUCCACAUAAAUUUGCAGAAGGCAGUCGACGAGGCGCGGAGAGACCUGCAGCUGCGUCGAGACACGACACGGUGCCGAAGCGAGGUGGAAAGCGCACGCAGGGAAUCGGAGGAGCUUCUCGGAAAGUUGGCACAAAUCCGGUCGGACGGAGAACCUUCGCCGCUAGACCUGGGCGCAGCCCUGCGUGGGGCGCUGCAGCAAUGGUCGCGGCGAAAGGCGGCUUGCCAUGAUGUUCUGAGAGGUCUGGCGAACGCAGGCGCUGGUCACAUCGGCCAAGCCGCAAGCAUUCUUGAUGGCAUCGAUGGGGAACAUGCUGCUACCAAGCCUGUGCCCCCGCUGGGUCGGUUCUUGGCGGCUUGCCUCCGGAUGCCUGAGCGCUGCCUUGGCGUGGUUAUUACAAACCACCUGAGAAGGCAUUGGUCGCGGAUACUCGGAUACUCUUAUUUCAUGGCGUUGCUGCAGCAUCUUUCGUCCUUGGAGCUUGGUGCCCUGUGCCCUGCGUCCAUGGCGUGCUGGGAGUGGCGAUACUUCCUGCAAAGGCCCCUGCCCGCCGGACCACUGCCUUUGGCGGGCAAGAGGGAAGACCUCUACUUCCCUACAGGAGAAUCGCUGGGCUUGAAGCUGCGCAACGGUGCUGGAGCCCUGGAGGCGAAGCGUCGACUGCGCCGAAGUGAGGACCGUGGCAAGGAGGGCGUGGAGCUUUGGGUCAAGACUCUGCACGCAGGUUGUACAGCUGCCUCAUCGCAUGGCCCGCGCCUAGAGCUCGCUGCUGCAAAGGAGCUGGAGUUGGCACCAGAGGAAGUCGAGGCUCUCGGAAGUGCCGAGCCGCCGAUGUUGGUUCGGUGCCGCAAGAGCCGCAGGAUCACGGACUUCGGUGAGGAGGUUGACUGCGUUUUCAUCGCCGAGACGGGUCUGUCCGUGGUGCUUGCAGAGAGAUACCGGAGCAUCUCUGUGGAGUCACCGCGCCUGGAGUUGGAGGACAUCGGCCCCAUUGUGCAGCAGCUGGGGCCGGUUCCGGCCUCUAGCCCUCGAGAGAACGAGGCAAGGACAGAGAUGCACACGAAGCAGGGCUCCAGCAGAAACAGACCAGGGAAGCCAAUAACCGGUAGCAGCCAGAAGACGCGUGCUGUGACCAAGGAAGGCACUUGCAUUGUCCGCGAGUUGGCAGAGCUCUCUGCGAUGCUAGGACCCAAGGAGCUAACAGAGGCGAAUGUGCUCACUUCUCAAGUCCUCAGCCAGCCCUUUUGGCGGGACGACCAGAUAGUCGUCGACAAGGACGGCAUCCCUCACUACACGGGUGCCCGUCCCGAGCUCAUGAAGGACUACCGCCGGAGGGUGCUCUUUGCAUUCUCCAAUCUGGAGGGCAGUGGCGAUGAUGAGGCCAAGGAACGGAAGAGUCUCGAGAAGAAGCAGCGAAGGUUUGCGAAACGCCUCAUGGACAACCUCCACGAUGAAGCCUGGCGUGUAUGCCAGGACCUGCUCACCAGUGAGAAGCUCAGAGAGAAGGAGGGAUACAAGGAGGUGCUACGCGCCCUGCAGAAGAUCGAGAAGGUGAACGUCUUGAAGAAGACCGAGGCCUUCGACCACUUCUUCGACAAGACUUUUCGACGCCGAGGACAGAGCAUCGACCAGUUCCUCCGGGACCGUUCCGAGUCAUGGUCCGAUCUUUUGGAGCUGGCCGAUGGGGUCGCUAUGUCCGAGGACCUGCUGGCCUACUUCAUGCUGAAGAACGUCAACCUCACCAAGGAGGAGAAGAGGCAGGUGCUGCUUGCGAACCAGUCCGACUACUCGCUCAGUGGCUUCGAGAAGGCCCUCAGGGUGUCGUUCUUUGACAUACAUGAGCGGGAGAAGAACCGAGACUGGCGGCAGCCUGCUGCGGGGAAGGGCGGCCGAAGCGGACCUAGGCGAGGCUAUGCCCACGCCGUCGACGAGGAAGCGGACGACGAGGAGCAGACCGCCUGGGACCACGACGAGGACCCGGACGAGUACUAUGCCGACGCGGCCGCCGACGAGGAGACUGAGGACCCCGAGGAAGCAGAACCUUCAGAUGCCGGGGCCAGUGGGGACGAUGAUGUUUUCGAGGCCUAUGCUACCUACAAGGACUCCCGGAAGCGCCUGAAGGACCUCCAGAAGAGCCGUGGCUUUCACAAGCCGAAGCCCACGGCCCACAGCAGCGACGAGCGAAAGGCGGCUAUCGAGAAAGAGAAGGCACGGUCCCGCUGCGCAGCCUGCGGGAAGAUAGGCCACUGGGCUGGUGACGGCGUCUGUGCAAAAGGCUCCGGACCCAAAGGACACAAAGGCGGCAAGCCCGGCAAGGGCAAAGGCGGAAAGAAUCGCGGGAGCAAGGGGAAGGCCUACUUUGUUGGUGAGGAGCCUUUGUUCUUCUCCGUCCGCGACUCCGAGGCCGAUGGUUUCUGCAACAUGGUCCUGGAGAACCCGAGCAGCGAAGACAGCGAGACGGGCAGCAUGCACCAGGACAGCGGCGACACCGAGCUGGACGCAAGAAGGAAGACGGCCUCCACCUACACCGGGGAUGGCUGGGAGUAUGUGCCCCCGGCCCCGUUUGUGUCAGAGCCUCGUGGCCCCGGGCACCUCGAAGAGAGCCAGCCAGCCACAGGGCUCCCUAAGGGAGGCGCCACCGAGCAGGUGACCCUGGCCGUGCCCAAGGAGCAGAUCUCCGAGAUCAUCGUUGCCGAGGUGUCCCAGGUGAUCCCCGCGAACUUUGCGACCAUGAAGGUCAGAGAGCUACAGACCGAGUGCGACCGCUGGGGCAUCCAGACCAGUGGGAAGAAGGACGAUCUGAAAGGUCGUUUGGAAGACUUCUUUGCGGGCCGGGCUGUGCUCAAGAAGGGCUGCUCUAUGCAGUUCUUUCGGCUCCGGGCCAUGGGAGCCCACACUUCAACGACUACGACCUCAAGCCCGGCCACCUACAGCAAGGAAGCCGCCAAGCCCAAGGUCAAGGAGAAGGCCCGCGACAGCCCCUCGAGUUGUAUAUUUCGAAGUUCCGGACCGAUGGCACGAGCAACCGCAGCCGGGUACGCAACCAGCUCUACCACGCCUAUGUCCAGCCCGACGCGUCCAACGAACCAGGUUGGCAGGUCCCCGACGGCCGUGGAGAAGCACCCCGGUCCACGUUUCGAUGCCGAAGGAAGGCAGUGGGACCCCAAGACCGGAGUCACGAUUCCGAGGAGCAUCCGGCUCAACGAGGCGGUCGGCGAGAUUCCUUGUGGCCUUUGUGGCCACAGCAUGGUUAUGCGGCGUGGCUUCAACCUCUUCUUCGGCUGCUCCACCUACAGCAAGUGCCAGUACACCAUGGAGCUUCAGGAAGGCUUGGCGAUUUACGGAGAAUUGGCCUUUGUGGCGAAUCGCCCCUAUGGCUGCAAGCCGAAUUCCUUUGAUGAGCCCUAUUUGCCACACCUUUGCCGAACUGAGAAUUCAUACGCUGCCCAAAGCACCACGAACAAGACCGCGGCAGGUGAACAUCACCGGCUGCAACACGACAACCACAACGAUGAGAUCAAUGAAUCUCUGGUGGCCCUGCUGGACACGGCCUGCACUUCGUGCAUACACUCCCGGCGCUGGAGGGAAGCUUAUUCCACGAGCCUCCCUAGGGGAGUCGGCUGCGAGGUGACGCCCCAGAGGAAACACUUUCACUUCGCCAACGGCCAGAGCACCGAGCAGAAGCUGACUGUAUGGAAGAUCCCCGUGUACUUGGGCGGCUGCCGCGGGGAGGUUCACAGCGCCGAGGUGGAGACAGGGUCCACCCCACUCCUGCUGUCAAUCCCUACCAUGGACGCCCUCGACAUGGUCCUUUGCAUGCGUGACCGCUUGGUGGAGGUCCGGUCCCUCCAGCUCGACCUGCCUAUGGUGGUCACAAGGACAGGGCACGUGGCGAUAAGGGUGGACCGAGGGAGCACCGCCCAGGCCUGGAACCAAGGUGGCCCGGGAGCCAAGCGCCCAGCGAUAGUUUCCGAGAAGGGGGACCUGCUCGUUUACUACCUAGAGGAAGCCCAGCUCCCCCUCUUCGGCCUGGACGCGCAGAACCUCAGCACCGCACACAAGAGCGAGCCCCGACUUCCACGAGGACCACCAGACCUAGGAGCCAGAGGCGUGCGCCCCGGAGACAAGACCGGCCAGCUAAGUCAGCGGCGAGCCGACGAACUUCGACGAUCCGAGGCGCAGCAGCUAAAGCAGGACGGUUGUAUGUGGGUGGCUCUGAAGCGGGACUACACCGUGGCCGAGCAGUUCGUGACGAACAACUUUCGUGGCACAGUUCUCUUCGACCCCUUUUGCUGCGACCUUGCCCUCACGCGCUUUUGUUCGGCCACCUUUGGCUGGACCAACAGCCAGCCGCUUUUACAAGUUGACGGUGCAGACCUUUUUGGCAGGACGGCCCGGACCCUAAUGCGGAGAGUCCUUCAGCAGCACUGCCCGUACCUCCUGGUGACGACCGCAUCGGCACGAGUCUGGGAGAUACUUCGGCAAUUUCCGGCCGGCAAGGCCCAACAAGCUUUUGGGGGCAAGCUGAGGGAACAUCUUCUUCGAGCGUGCCGUUUUCAGCACGAAGCCGGGCGUUACUACCUCCUAGAGUUCCCCGUGGGUGGCGUCGUGGCGGUCUUUGACGGGAUCCUGAACGAGCUGCGGGAGGACGUCUCGGGGAAGACCGUGCAAUGCGAUCUGUGCGCCUAUGGUUUGCUACAGCACGGCACCGGGAAGCCAGCAAGGCGAACUACGAGUUGGGUCUCUAACUCCGAGGUUCUACUGAACUACCUCGGUAAGCGGUGCCGUUGCCCCCUUUGGGCCCGGUGCCGGGAGACGAGAACAACUCCAAGCUGCUCCGCGCAGCUGCCCGAGGGAGUCUUUAAGGACAUCGGGCGCGGGAUCCUGGACAAUAUGAACUAUGACUACGCUGCGGCCUUUGCCCUCGGUGACCUGAGGUACUACGAGCACGCCUGUCCAGCCAGCCAAGACGACGAAGAUGAAACCGAGGAUGAAAGCGAGCCCGGCGAGGAGCCCACGGAAGACGACUGGCGCUUUGAGGGGAACCUUCUUAUCCGUGUCCACCGGGCCCCGCGCAGGGCGCUGUUCUUACCUUUGUCAACGACGGCGCCCCCGGUCCCCUUGGCACAGUUGACAACACAAAGGCGGACCCGUAUGAUCCUUCAAGACGGCACCCGUCGCGAGCAAACCGACGAUUGGUGGUCGAGCCGGCGGGUCACCACCGACUUUCUUUGGACCGGCGAGACCGAGUUCUUUUUACGAGGCCACGGGCACCAAGAACCAGCACCACAAGAAGAACAGCAUCAAGAAGGUGAUCCACGCGGGGGCCAGCCCGAGCUCGAAGGGUUCGAUGAGCUUUUCGAGUCAGCUCUGCCCUAUGAUUCGGCAGUGCCAAUGGACGAUGACCAAGAUUUGGCCUUAGAGGCCCCAGACGGGAACCAAGAACCACCACAAGAAGGACAGCAUCAAGAAGGUGAUCCACCUGGGGCCCCUGAUCGUAUAGAUCAUAGAGUUUUGCGUCGUCGUGGUCACCGUGUGCGUCAGCUACAGCGGGGGUUUUGGAUAGAAGACGAGUCUGAGUCCCUGGCAAAUUUGCUUCAGGCCACGCUUGACUAUGUGAGGCAAGAAGGCGGCGAGCAAUGGAACAAGUUGGACCCAGCAGGCGAGUUGGGACAAGGAUGGGUGGCACACGAGUCUGCGAAUGCCGAGGUGAAGCUGAUUUUGUGUUCCACGUCGGCAAGGAGAAUGAAGAAACCACAGCCACACCUUGGACCACACGAGGUUCCUUUGAGGAAGUCCUUUUUGCUUCUCGGUGACGGCCAGGUCCUAACCACUGACUGGGAGCACUGGGCAAGCCAGGCCCCGAGCUCUCAGGUUCGGCCCCUUGUUGCUGGGCAACGGCGUCUCUACUUGGUGCUCUAUGGGGUCGAGCUCGGAGAGGCCAAGGACGAUCAAGAGGAGGCAGACCGCUUCCGCUUGAAGGAGGAGGGCCGUGACAGACAAUGGCAAGCGCUACCCCGAGAGCUGAAGCUGGCCAUCCGUCGGAUUCACGUUAAUCUUGGCCAUGCCCCUGUGGCUUCCAUGCUGCGAGCUCUGAGGAUCAGCAAAGCGAGCGAGGUGGCCAUUCGAGCCGCACGUUUGUUUAGAUGUCCCGACUGCCCUCGCCUGGCAGAGCCUCGUGAACCACGACCUUCGAAACUUCCCAUGACGGAUGAAUUUAACGUCCAAGUGGGCCUUGAUGUCUUCACCGAGAAGGACAGUCAAGGUGAGUCGUGGACCUGGUUAAACAUCCUUUGUCAGGGUACCACCUUCCAGGUCUGUGCCUUGCUAUGGGACACGCAUGCCAACCCGACUGGCUCUGUUGUUCUAGAGAACUUCGUUACUCAUUGGACCUCCUGGGCGGGGUAUCCCGAGCGGGGGAUCCUGACCGAUCGUGCCAAAUAUUUUCUAUCUGAGUUUGCGGAGGAUGUCUCGGCUCACGGUUGCGUGUUCGACUCGGCUUCCAAGGCCUCACCGUGGCAGCUGGGACAGAUAGAGAGGCACGGCGGGCUAUGGAAAGAAGCUUUCCGGAAAAUGGUCUGGUCCAUGCAAGUGGCCGGGCGAGACGAGGUGCUACUUGCCACAACUGCCGUGACACAGGCCAAGAACUCUGGAAGCCGACGGGGCGGGUUCUCUCCCACUCAAUGGGUUUUGGGGCGGGACAUCCGCCUACCUGCUGCUCUUGCCGAUGAGGCCGAAGUGGCUAGGAUUGGAUCACAAGCCCUGGCCGCGACCCCGAGUACCAGGUUCUUCAGGAAGACGCAGCUACGUUUCGCAGCCAGAGAAGCCUUUGCCAAGGCGAGCAACUCGGAUGCUCUGAGAAGAGCUGAGCUUCGGCAGGUUCGCCCUAGCCGGGGCCCUUUUCCUGUUGGCAGCCACGUGUUCUACUACGACGCAGCAGACAAAACUCCAGGUCCCAACUGCUGGCGUGGCGUUGCCAAGGUUGUCGGGAAAGAGGGCAGCCACACCAUCUGGGUGUCGCACCGUGGCAUCCUGCUCGCGGUCAGCCCCGAGCACCUCUCCCGCGCCUUCGACGAGGAAGUGGAGGCCUGGACCGUGACGGGAAAUGAGACUAGCCUCCUGGACCCUUUGCCGGCUUCAGGAGGGACAGGCUUCAUCGACUUGCGCCGGGCCCCUAAGCCCCCAGAUGCCUUGGAGGACCUGCGGCCCGAGAACAACCAGGACGGUGAGCAAAGCCCAGGCGACUCAGCAGUGGAGCCCGGCGAAAUAGACGAUUUGGACCGAGCCCGGGAGGCACUCAGGCUCAAGCGCGAGGCCGGCGACCUUUCUUCGACUUCACAAGAGGCCCUGCGCUACGAAUCAGAGAGAGACGCAAAGAAGGCGAGGAAGUCCUCAGAGUUUUUCCUUGCCAAAGAGGUCGCUCGGACACGUAGUGGCCCAAGCUCCUCCACGGCGCCGCCGGCAACUUCACUACAACCACCUCUUCCACGAGAGCCGACAGCCGAGGAGGUACCGGUGCCUGGAAGUUUCGCUGACGACCGCGACCUCGAGGACUAUCCGAUCAGCGAGCCCGACUGGAGCCCCGACUUGCACGACUACCACCAGGCGGUCCCAGACGAGCACUUGCCCCCGAUCGCUGAGGAGGUCGGGCAAGAAGCGGUGGAGCGCGAGGCCAAGCGACAACGGGUGACGACGGGCGAGAGUGCAAACUACAGCGCCGAGAGGGUCGACACCACGUUGGCGGCAGAGUCGGCGAAGUACCUCAGUGAAAGAGCCAAGGACCACUACUUCUUAAAGGAGAGCGCCUUCCAGAACGCCGGGGUGAACUUGAAGCAGUUCCUCUUCGGUGUCCGCAGGAACGACUUUUCUGAGAAGUACCAGGCUUUAGCUGCAGGCGCCGCCGGUGCAGGGACAAAGAAGAAGGGGAGGAAAGAAAUCCGCCUCAACGAGCUCAGCCCUGAACAGGCCCAGCUCUUCACCAAGCCCGGGGGCAGCGACGAGAAGGAGUGGCAAGCCUGGCUUGCCAAAGAGGCCUGCGAGGUCCUUGACCUGAAGACCAGCCUGGCUAUAAGGCGAGACCAAGCCGACCUAGUGAUCCCUACCAGGUGGGUUCGGACGAACAAGAACGACGGCCUGGUCGACAAGGAGUUUCUGGCAAAGUCAAGGCUGGUGGUACAAGGGUUCAAGGACAAGGCCCUGGGCGAGUACAGGCGCGAUGCCCCAACAGCAUCGGCCAUCGCGGAGAGCCUCUGCCUGAGUGUGUGCGCCUACUACCAGUUUGUUCUUUUGGCCAAGGACAUCAAGAACGCUUACUUUUCCGGGAAGUCCCUUCAAAGAGAAAUCUUUUUGGAUCAGCCCAAGGGAGGCCUGCCGGGGCUACAGCCAGGCCAACUUUUACGUGCCCGCAAAGCUAUAUAUGGUUUUGCCGAGGCGGCCCGCCUCUUUUGGCUGGCCCUCAAGGAGCACCUGGAAAGCGACGGAUGGACCGAGAGCAAGCUGGAGCCUGCUUUGUUUUACCUUAGACGGCAGGGGAAGUUAAAAGGGAUCCUGGUGACACACGUCGACGACAUCGAGGGCGGCGUCCACCCGAGCUACCUAGAGAAGGCCUUCUACAACUCCUCGAAGGCCCUCGAGUUCGCCACCAACCACUUCAAGGACUUUAUCUUUCGAGGCCGGGAAGUGAGGCAGACAAGCGAAGGGCACAUCGACGUGGCCAUGCGGAACUACGCUUUGUCAAUGAAGGUUGUGCCCGUCUCCCGGGAUCGGAAGAAGGAGUUGGCUUCGCCCCUCAGCGAGGCCGAGAUGGAGCAGUACCAAAGCUCAGCUGGUGAGCUUGGCUGGAUAGCUCGGCAGCUCCGUUGCGACCUAGCCUACGAGAACGGCGUCAUCCAAAGAGCCAAGUCCGAAGCCCGAGUCGCCGAUCUGGUCCGGCUGAAGCAGUACGUGGGCCAAGCACGGAGAAGCGCGGAUUUUCGCCAGAGGUUUUGGCGAGGAGUGGACCUGGAGCGUGGCGUGAUCGUGCACCUGGCGGACAGCGGCCACGCCAAUGGCACCCCGGACCACAACGAGGCCCUAAAGUACAGAAGCGUCGGCGGCUAUUUCAUACUGAUCGCCGACCCGGAGAUCCUGCAAGGGAAGGCCGUGAAGGCAAAUGUCCUGGCUUUUCACAGCGGGAUGACAAAGAGAGUCUGCAGGAGCACUUUGGCGGCAGAAGCCAGCCACUUGGCGGAGGCAGUGGAGGCUGGUGAUUGGAUCACGGUGUUGCUGGAGGAGGCCCUGACCGGUUCCCUCGACUUACGCAGCUGGCCCGAAAUUAUCGGGAGAAGAGAAAAGGUUUACGUGACCGACGCCAGGUCUGUCUACGACUACCUCGCCAAGGACGCCAACAGCACGUCAAGCGACAAGCGGAUGGCCAUUGAAGGAGCCUUGCUCCGGGAGGCCGUCAGGCGGCCCCACUCACAUGUGAGGUGGAUCGACGGCCAGCAGAACAUCGCCGACGUGUUGACCAAAGAGAAGGCUGACAAAGCUACUCUGCAGCAGUUUCUUCGAGACGGACUUCUUUGCCUCACUCAGACAGAGGCUAACCAGAAGUUAAAGGAGAAGAAACGUGCCGAGCGGCAACAACGGAAAGUGGUGCAGCGAGCAAGCAAGCACAAGGAAAACGAAGUUCAAGCUCGCGUGCAGGCGGCAGUGAAAGAGGCGGAGGACAUCCUGCUCUCCGAGUCCGAGGACGAGGCUUACGUGGCGUUGGUUCGCGGGCCUCGGUACGUGCCGCCUUCUGGCAGCUUGCGAGAUCGUGUUUUCUUGGUGACGGGGGCCAACAGCGGCCUUGGCUACGAAACCAGCGUUGCUGUCCUGCGUGCUGGAGCAUCAGUAAUCUUUGCCUGUCGCAAUGAGACGAAGGCUACAGCUGCCAUGCGGGCUGCAGCAGCCGCUGCAGGCUUCGCGGCGGGCCAGCGGUAUUUCCUGCCGCUGGACCUGGCGUCUCUGAAGUCCGUUCGAAGGGCUGUGGAGCUGCUUCGAGACAUGAAGAUCCAGGUGGACACACUGGUGCUCAAUGCUGGAGUUAUGCGGCGAAGCAGGCUUCUGACAGAGGAUGGUCUGGAAGAGACUAUGGCGGCCAACCACUUGGGCCACUUUCUCCUGGUGAAUCUGCUGCUCCCGGACCUCCUUCAACUGGAGGCUGUGGGCAAGCAGCCGAAGGUUGUUGUGGUAGGUUCGAACAUUUGCUACGCGCACGAUGUCUUCGACUUCAGUGAGCUGGUUUGCGCCGCCGACCCCCCGAUGCGGGAAGUGUUUUUGGCCAAGCCUUAUUCCCUUUUUCGAGCUUACGGCCAGUCCAAGCUGGCGAACCUGAUGAUGUGCCGGCAGCUGGCGUGGCGCUUGCGCCAGCGUGGCAGCAGGAUUCUGGUGAACUGCGUGCAUCCCGGUGAAGUUCUCACGCAGGUGUUCAAUGACUUCCACCCGGUGGUGCUCACGUUGUAUGCGGCACUGCGUCCUCUGGCGCAGCUGUUUUUCAAGACACCGGCCAUGGGUGCAGUUUGCACCAGCUUCGUGGCCACCUCGCCCAGUGUCCAGGUUUCUGGAGAGUACUUCAUGAGAUGCCGGAUUGCCAAAGCCCCAGAGGUAGCGCAAGACCGCAGCAACCUAGACAGGUUGUGGGCCCUCAGUGAGGAACUCACUGGCAUCCAGUCCAGCAUUUGA